AUGUCCCAACAAGAUCAAUCUAUGUUCUUCAAUCCUGACGGUGCACAAGAAAUAUGUCCAUCUAUAUGGCUCGGAUCUUAUAAAUCCUUGACUAAUGCCAGAUUUCUUGAAACUCACCAAAUCAAAAUAAUAAUUAACUGUUUGUCUACAUCUAGAUUCCUUCGGUGCCUACAGCGUAAAGACGUUGUUGUUUCAUCUGAUGUUGUCAUUUUGAGUCUUGAUCCUGCCUUUGAUAUUAAUAAUGUGGAAAAUGAAGAUGAUCGUGAAUUGGUACAUGAAUUUGUAACUCAAUUCAAAAAGAUCCUUCAAAAUUAUCUUCAUUAUUUUUAUCAUAAUAAUUCAAAUAUAAAUAAUUUGAUUCAUAAUCUACCAAUUAAUAAUAGCUCAAAUAAUGGUUUAAAUCUUACAAACCCAAUUCUAGGUGGGAAUUUAAAGGCUCAAUUUUUUAACAUUAUAAGAUUUAUAAAUUUGAUUAAAGUGAUAAAUUCAACAACACAAAUUCUUAUUCUUUCGGAGCUGGGAAAUGUCAAUCUCUCCACAGGUUUAAUUAUUGCUUAUCUUAUGGAUUGUUAUAAAUAUAACUUUGAUAGUUCAUUUAAAUUCAUUCAGUCUAAGCGACCAAGUGUUAAUCCACUAAAUUUCAAUUAUUAUGAUGAUUUGUUAAUAAGGGAGAAUUUAAAGAAGUUUUUUGCUGAAAAUAAUCAAAUCAAGCAAGAGAAGCCAGGGUUGUUAACACUGAAUUAUAGAUUAAAGAGAAGAAAUGACGAAGAACUGUCCCUUUCUCAUGAUUCCAAUAAUACACAUUCACAACCUGAUGAUGAUAUGCUUGAUGAUACCAUUAUUGUAGGCGGAGUUGAUGGAAACCUUCAUGACCGGAAAAGAAGAUUCCUCAACUAA